UAUAGGUCGCCGUGGCAACGGUUUGUUGAUCUGUGAUGAGACGAGUCUUUCAUACAGUUUAACAUGAAACUAAAGAGGUUCCUCCUCAGAUAUUAUCCUCCAGGUAUCAUCCUGGAAUAUGAGAAAGGAGGUUAUUUGAGGACCAAAUCCAUCGACCUUCUGGAUUUGACUCCAGAGACAAAUCCAGAUGAGUUGGUGGCAGAAAUCAGGCAAUCGGAGCCACUAAUCACAGAAUCCCGGGCUGAACAGGUCAAACAUCUGGUUCUUCGACUGCAGCAGAAACAGGGCCAGCAGAACCACCACAGGUUCUGUUUCUGCAAGGAGCUAAAAGCACACAUACUGCCACUGACAAAUGUUGCAUUUGACAAAUCUGGGUCAAGGUUUAUCACUGGGAGUUAUGACAGAACAUGCAGAGUUUGGGACACAGCCUCAGGCACCGAGCUGCACAUGCUAGAGGGCCAUAGAAAUGUGGUAUACGCAAUCACAUUCAACAACCCAUAUGGAGACAAGAUCGCCACGGGCUCUUUUGAUAAGACCUGCAAACUAUGGUGCGCUGAGACUGGCAAAUGUUUUCAUACUUUCCGAGGACACACGGCAGAAAUAGUGUGCCUGGCGUUCAACCCUCAGAGUACACUGGUGGCCACAGGCAGCAUGGACACCACUGCCAAGCUGUGGGAUGUGGAGAGUGGGGAGGAGGUGGCCACACUGACUGGUCACACUGCAGAGGUCCUGUCGUUGUGCUUUAACACAGUUGGCAAUCAGCUUGUCACCGGCUCCUUCGACCACACAGUUGCUAUAUGGGAUGUUGCUGCAGGAAGACGUGUUCACACUCUGAUUGGUCACACAGGAGAAAUAAGCAAUGUUCAGUUUAACUGGGAUUGCUCCCUCAUUGUCACAGGUUCCAUGGACAAAACCUCCAAGUUGUGGGAGGCAGUCAGUGGGAAGUGUGUGGCCACCCUGGUUGGACACAAAGAAGAGGUGUUGGAUGUGUGUUUUGAUUUAAGUGGUCAGCUCAUUGCCACUGCCUCUGCUGAUGGUACAGGACGAGUGUUCAGUGCAACCACACAUCAAUGUCGCGUGACCUUAGAGGGCCAUGAUGGAGAAAUCUCCAAGAUCUGCUUCAGCCCCCAGGGCAGCAGAGUCCUGACCGCCAGCUCAGACAAGACGGCUCGUCUGUGGGAUGUUCAGUCUGGAGUCUGCUUACAAGUCCUGGAGGGGCACACCGACGAGAUCUUCUCCUGUGUUUUCAACUAUGAGGGUGACACCAUCCUUACAGGUAUACACCGUCCUCACACACACCCCUCGUCUGACAACCACACACUGUUAAAAUGUAGCCUGGAGCAGUGACUAAACUCCUCCUCGCCAGCCGUCACAAAUACUUAAUUGUACAUUUAGAUGAAAAACAUGCAGCUGUGUCCUUCUGUGCAACCACCUGUUUUGGUUUUUGCUCCCCUGCAGGCAGCAAGGAUAACACAUGCCGGGUCUGGUUCUGACCCAUCCCCUGACCCAUCAGAGGCUCAGGCAGUCAUACACAUGGACACAUUAAUCAAUUUGUGUUUUCCACUUCGCAUCUGUUUAAUUGGGGAUUGCUAUGAGAAAAAAAUCUGCUGUUGCACUCAACUAAAAGACUGUCUUUUAACAUCCGUGUAAGAUUAAACUGUGAUUGGAAAUCAUCAUAAGUAGUAUGGAAACUAUGCUUAUAAAAUGGCAUCCCAAGUAGGUGAAUGUUUCAAUUGGGCUUUAAAGAAAUAGUUUUACAUUGUGGAAGAAGGAUUGAUUUGUUGUGUUACGAAGGGUUAAAAAAAAGAUAUGGUUUAUUAUUAGAACAUCAAAUAUGAUGCUGGAACCAAGACGUGAAUUGAUUAACUUAGCAUAAAGAAGCAGAGAGAGACAACUAACCUGGUCCUCUACUACUGCCAGGCAGUGAGCCCCUAAUUUGGCAUGCUGCAUUUUGUCUUUUUAAAGGACACUUUGUGCUUUCACAGUGUGUUAAGUAACACACACCAUAGUGUAUCAUCAACAGCAAUUUUUUUUUUGCGGAACAGCAUGUGUAUGAACUUCAUGUCCCAAUUUGUCGAAAAACUGUUACAGCAUGUAUUAUGCAAUACAUAUACAGAAAUCAAAUUUGUUUCUCUCAUCUAACUCUUGGCAAGAAAGUGGCUAAACUAUUACCCAAACUGUCAGAGUAUCCCUUCAAAGCUCAUCAUUGAAGUUAAAGAACGAUAACCAGAUUGUAAUGAAGCUGUAUAAAGCCUUUAAACAUUUUCAUGUGUGAGUUAUACUCUAUCUUACUUGUAAACAUUCUAAAUUAGAUAUUUUUUCUAACUUUUCAACACACUGCAUUAAAGAAAAUCUUUUCAUCAUGUUCACACAUCAGCAUUAUUGUAAAUGUUUGCCUAUGUUUCAUCUCCAUGAAUGGGUAAAGGUAUUAUACUCUUGUUCCUAGUGCCUUGUCUGUUUCUGUGUACCUAAGCAGUAUUUUCUGAAAGCAUACCACGAUGAUGACAGUUUAUUUGGUAGCUUCCCUGGUUAUGACUAAGACAUCGUAUGGCUGUUUUACACACUCACUGUGCCUGCAACCUGUUUUAGGGACAGCAGCACAUGCAGUGUAGCAGUAAUGUCAAUAAAUGUGUAACUGAG